AUGCAUGUGAACAACUGCUCCUUCCUGUACUCCACCACAACUACAGCUGGAGCCAUCCAGAUGCUGCUACUGUGGGAGUUCUGCUCAGGACAAAGUUCUUCUGAUAAUGGCAGGCGUUCCUGUGCAAAAGUUUGCACGGAGCAUCCUCGGGAGCUCCAGCCCGGCUCCGGGCCCUUCCUCCCGCCCACGCGCCACGUGCAGCAGAGGCUGCCGAGGUCCCAGGGACUCCGCUACACGCGCGGCUCCCCGCCCGGAGGGGGUGGAGGGAAGCCUCGCCCCUUUGCCCCCGCCCCUCGCGCGAGGAUGGAGGUAGGGCCUCGACCUCCGCCCGACUGGAGUUCGGAGUGCCGGAGCCCUCCCGCUGCAGGUGAGAGCCCGGGGCCUCAAUCUCAGCCCACGAGAUUCGAAGCUGAGAGCUCGGAGGUAGCGCGCCUGCGCGCCAGGGAGACGAUUGGGAAGUGGGUCAUACUGGCAUUAUCAUCUACUGAGGAUGAUGGAGAAGAGCCUUGGUAUAAUAAAGCCUGCAAAUGUGAUUGUCAAGGCAGUUCCAAUUCAGUGUGGUCAACUGGAGCAACCAGUUUAGGCUGUAUGCCAGAAUGCCCAUACCACAAACCUUUGGGCUUUGAAUCUGGAGUUGUUACUCCAGACCAAAUCAGUUGCUCCAAUCCAGAACAGUACAUAGGAUGGUAUUCUUCAUGGACAGCAAAUAAGGCGCGUCUUAAUAGCCAAGGCUAUGGGUGUGCAUGGCUCUCCAAAUAUCAAGACAGCAAUCAGUGGCUACAGAUAGACUUGAAAGAGAUCAGGGUGAUUUCAGGGAUCCUCACACAGGGACGCUGUGAUGCUGAUGAGUGGAUGACUAAAUACAGUGUACAGUACCGGAUCGAUGAGGGCUCAAACUGGGUUUACUACAAGGAUCAGACUGGCAACAAUCGAGUGUUCUACGGGAACUCAGACAGAACAUCUUCUGUCCAGAAUCUCUUAAGGCCUCCUAUUGUUUCCCGUUAUAUCCGUUUAAUUCCCUUGGGCUGGCAUGUGCGGAUCGCCAUCAGGAUGGAGCUGUUGGAGUGCAUGAGUAAAUGUGUUUAG